AUGUCUAGGGUUUCGGGUCUUCAUCAUAUUGCUGAUAUGGAUACUGCAUCAAGUCAAGGCUUGUACCCCCUGCACCGCUGCAAAACUAUUCACUUGGUGCGGCAUGCUCAGGGAUUUCACAAUGUAGCUGGAGAAAAGGAUCACAGUGCAUACUUGUCUCCAGAACUUUUUGAUGCACAUCUUACCCCUCUUGGCUGGCAGCAAGUGGAUAAUCUGCGCAAGCAUGUUCAUUCAUCGGGUCUUUCUGAGAGAAUUGAAUUAGUCGUUGUUUCCCCUUUGUUGAGGACUAUUCAAACAGCUGUUGGGGUUUUUGGUGGAGAAGCUUACGCGGAUGGAAUUGAUGCACCUCCUCUAAUGACAGAAAAUGCUGGUGACAGUAACCAUCCUGCGAUUUCAAGUUUAAACUCCCCACCAUUUGUGGCAGUAGAACUUUGUCGUGAGCAUUUGGGGGUUCACUGGUGUGAUAAGAGAAGGAGCAUAAGUGAGUACAAGCCGCUCUUUCCUGCCGUCGACUUUUCGCUGGCAAAAACGGAUGCUGACACUCUCUGGCAACUUGAUGUCAGAGAGGCAGAUAAAGACCUUGCUCAGAGGGGACUGAGAUUUUUGAAUUGGUUGUGGACACGCGAGGAAACUGAGAUAGCGGUUGUUACUCACAGUGGAUUCUUGAUUCAUACCCUUGCUGCAUUUGGAGAUGAUUGUCAUCCAUCUAUAAAGAAUGAAAUAUGCAGACCAUUCAACAAUUGUGAACUUCGAUCGGUGGUCAUUGUUGAUAAAAGUAUGAUCUCUUCAAGUGCCUCGAAAACUGAUUAUCCGGGAAAGAUUCCUCGUGGGCCCGAUGCCCCUAGUGACUCUGCCGAUGAGAAACAUUGA